UCUCGACAACGUGUUCUGUCUCUGUCACACUUCAAGCAGCACCGCCGGAUCCGUUGAGUCGCCACGCGUGCCCGUCCGUUGUUGCACAUCGACGUCAACCGCUUUCAGUGCUAUAGCGCGUUCCUCCGCGCUCAAUCUACAUAACCUAAAACCUUACAAUCUAAAUAAAAUUUUAUAUUUUGCAUUUUAUAAUUAACACAAAUACUCAUGAUAAAGUCUAAUUUAUAAGAUUAGUGAAGUGCCGUUGACGCCCUAUCGAGGGCGAUUCGUGGAGUGUAUUUUUGUGCAGCACUAAGUAAAUACAAACGGCAAGCUGUGGGGAUCGGGGGCCUUUUUUUUGCCGCCGCAGGGGAUGUACUAUCCUGUGAGUAACGGCAAUGUCAUCGACACAGGAACACCAACCCUGCUGCACAUGGUGGGCACGGGUAUGGGGAACCCAUUCCCCGCGGCGGCCGCGGCGGCGGCGGCGGCGCAGUUCGCAGCCAACGGAGACGCGCUGGCUGGCAAGGCGGAGCUAGCCGCCGGCGUGCCCGCACCCCAACAGCCCUCGCAGCACCCUCAGCCGCCGCAACCCGCGCAGGCGCAGCUCGUGAAAAGCGAGGGCCCACCUCCGCCCGCGCCGCUCCCGCCCGCUAACUUUUCACCGCAACCGCCGCCACAGACACACUCACAGAAUUCGAUAGAAAAUCAAAAUAACAACACACAAAAUGAGAACGAAGGCACAGAGGAGAGCACCCCCGUGAGUGUGGCGGCGGCGGUGGCUCAGCAGGCGGCGGCGCAGCAGGUAGCGGCCGCGCACGCAGCGCACGCCGCACAUGCCGCUCAGGCCGCGCACGCCGCCACCAGCGCCGCCAACGCCGCCGCCGCCGCCGCAGCCGCCGGGCCCGAUAAGGCACUUGUUGUACCCGUCGCCCAGGGCUCGCAGCCCAAGCGCCUGCACGUCUCCAAUAUACCCUUCCGCUUCAGAGACCCCGACCUAAGAAACAUGUUCGGCCAAUAUGGCACGAUACUUGAUGUAGAAAUUAUCUUCAAUGAACGCGGCUCGAAGGGAUUCGGUUUUGUAACAUUCGCAAAUAGUGGUGAUGCGGAGCGAGCACGAGAGCGUCUUCACGGCACCGUGGUUGAGGGCAGAAAGAUAGAGGUUAAUAAUGCAACUGCGAGGGUACAAACUAAGAAACCACCAGCGGUCCCUAACGUGUGCGUCCAAUGGCCGGAAGGUGAGAAACAUUAUUUCCCAUUCCUUAUAACUCCAAAUACUAUUGAAAGCUUACGCGUUUACAUUAAUUACAUAACAUUCAUUCGAGCAUGGAACUUUCCCGCGCCGCGCGCCGUGCACGCCCUCGCGCACAUGCUGCCGCGCGCCUACGCCUCGCCCCCCGCGCCCGCCGCGCACCCCUCGUCCGCCGCCGCCGCCGCGCACGCCCAGCUGCACGCGUACGCGCCCGUAUAUUACGACCCCUUCUUAGCAGCGGCAGCGACGGCCGACUCCAAUUACAGACUACAGGCAGCGGCGGCGGCGGCGGCGGCGGCAGCGCCCCUGCUGAAGUCCCCGCUGACGACGGCGCAGCACGCGGCGGCGGCGGCGGCGGCGGCCAACUACGGCGCCGCCGCUCGCGCAGCCGCGGCCGCCAGCGCCGCGCCCGCGCCCGCACUCACGCCCCUCGCCGCCACGUACGGCAGAGAAUACGGUGACCCAUACUUAGGGCAUAGCAUCGGUCCAGUUACUGGAUACGGGACGGCGAUGUACAGAAGCGGUUACAACAGGUUCGCGCCGUACUAAGCCGGAGGAACUACAAUCUUAUUACUCGAAUACGGAACCUUGGUCAUCUUUACGUAACAUGACAAUGAACUCUCUUUGUAAACGUACAAACAUAAUUUUAGGUAUCAGUUAGUGGUAGCCGGUUGCUGUUAUGUAAGCUUGGUUAACAUAGUGUAGCGGCGCAGAGCCGCGCGUUCGCUGCGUCCUCUAUCGGCGGGUUCACGAACUCAUCAAUACCAAAGUCAUUAAAAUUCUAACCGUAAUAGUUCACUAAGUUAUAUACUCUAUUGUAAAAUUGUUAAUGCAUAUACAAGUGCGAGCAGCUAAACUGGAGCGCGUUCAUUCUAUUUAGAUAUUUAUAAGAAUUACUAUUUUACUAUUAACGUAAUAGGUGAAGGAAGCGGCCGCCGACCUCACGCCAAUGACAAUAGAACUUAUUACACGUAACGUAUAUUUAGUGAGCUUUGCACUUGCAUAUCAUGUAGAAAUUGUAAAUAUUUGAAAUGAAUCACAUUUUAUCUAUAAAUACCCUCCGAUUCGGAUAUGUUAUUGUUGUGCUUGUACAAUAGGCGGGAAACGAUCCUCGAUCACUUUUUUAACGGAAUCAAUUUUUAAUAUUGUAAAAAUGGCGGUAAGUUUUAUCAAUUUUCAUACGAUUUAUAUAUUUCGUGCCGAUCUGGCACUCGGAUAUUUAUCGUUGAAACAUUAAGUUUCAUUUAUUUUUACACAAUCAUUUCUAUGAAUAGGAAUAAAAUGCAAUUUUAACCGUAACAUUAAACGAUUCGAUUGAGAUAUGAGUUGUUCGUUUGUUAGUUGUAACCGAUAGCGUGGUGCGAAUGUAAUGCGGUGCCAUUUGUUGGGUUGUUACUGAGUAAUGCUCUCGUGUAGAAGUUACCUCGGUACAGUUUUACAAUAGUCGUAGGCGUCAUUGUUGACGUCGAGCAAAGUCGAGCGACGCCGGGCGUACGUUAAAUAUCUGCUAUAAAUAGGUAUUUAUUUGUGGUGCACAGUAUGAGCCGUGUACCGCCCGCUGCUGCCUCCGUAUACGUUACAUCAAAGUGUUUACAUUGCGCUUUCCAUUUAUUCAAAGUCUCGAUCGCUAGGUUAAAUUUUACUGACACGUAGUCGUAAUGCUUUAGAUGUAGUAUAUAAGAGUGUUCUUACAUAUCAUUGAGGUUUCUCCUUGUAAUCGUAUUAGUGUUGGCUCACAAGAUGGUGUCCGAUGUAACAAUUUUAUCUGACGCUCUCAUUAUAUCGAACAAUAUUUGCGUACGGGUCCAACCCUUUAGCCGUGGUAAAGUUAGAUCUAACAUUCGCAUUAGAGUUUUAAAGUAUUGUGAUGUCGAUGAAUUCGCUCAACGUUUAUACCAAAGCACAAAGUCCCCAUCGAUUGAUGCGCAUCAUUUCUGAGCAUUAGUACGUCGUUUCGUUUCCUCCCGGUAGAUUUAAUAGUCUUUCAAUUGGAAAAACUUAAAAAGUCUAUGAGUCGUACAUAGAUCGUUUAAGGAAUACGAGUUUUUUUUUUUAAUUCUCAACAUUAAUUUUAUUUGCCAUAAUCGUUUCGUGACGAUGUUUUAAAUAGAAGAUCUGAAAAAUUCACACGUAGCAGCCGUUUUUUUUGCAUCAACGUUCUCAAAUUUAGUUUACUUGUUUCGUUUACUCAAGGUAUGUUUAAGUUUGUAUUUGUCGUCGUCUGCUAUAUUUCAGACCUUUACGUAGGAGCUACAAUACGGUUGAAAGCAGUGCAUGUGGAUGUGUUUUGGUGACAUAUCAACAUAAGGCGCGAGUCUCGCCGGCCGCCGCCUGUGGCCAUAGCUUUAAUAAUUAGGUGAAAAGGGCGCGGCGGCCGGCGCCUUGCUUCCAUCGACCCUCGACUCACAGAUCAACAAAUCCAUGACAAUUCUCGUCUUGUAGAUUUUUCUAGUCUCUUUCGCACAAGUAUUUUUAAUAAAGGGUGCUUUCCUCGUAAAGGUUCCAUGUGAUAGUGGCGGAACGCGGAGCUCGUGUAUUUGUUGUAAGUCGUACAGUACGGUCUAUUUUUAAGCUUUCUUGUGUCAUAUAUCUGAUUUUUAUGAUUUACGAAUUAUUGAAGACACGUUCAGUGCUAAUGGCGCUGGCGGUUGUUCAAUGAGUUACAAAUAGUAUAGAGGUAACAUUAGUCAAGUUGCAGCUUCUUCGAACAAUGUUUUUGUGCUUUAUCGCUAAAUACUCAUGUGUGAAUGUAUAAUUUUAGUAAUUUCUAGUUUAUUAAGUUUUUUUUUUGUAAUGCAAAUUUUUAUACCUAAGUACAUAAAGUAAAGUACUUGUGAUUGAUGUUUCGUCUUUUAGUUUUAACAAGUAUUUUAUUGUAAUGGAACUCGAGUCACAAAUGCGGAGAUUUCUUGCAAACUUUAAACAUCUAUUUUACGACACGGGUAAACGAGACGCGUUUUGAAGACGGUUUGAGAUGUGCUUUAUGUUUUGGUGCGACAUGGCGGCGGAUAGUAGUUUUAUAAUUUUUUUUUAGCCUAAUUACAAACGUCGUAUCAAAAAACGUCUCGAUUACUCAUCUUGAAUCGAAAUGUGCGAUUAUUUUUUAUGUUAUUUAAAACGUUUUUAUAGGUGAUUUUAAUAAAGAUG